CCAGGGGUUCACCCGAGUGGAGCGGAACCCGAAACCAAUGAGUGAGCCAACUGCCCGAUAACACGCAUGGAACGAGUGAUCAUGCAAGGGGUCUACCACCGUCGUCAUACAUACAGCGUGUAUCUACCACACUGUCAGGACCCAUCGGAGCACAUGAGGUAGGUUCGGCGACUAGGGAGGCCAGAGACCACCGAGGAGCUUCCCGGAAAACCAGUCAAUUGCACAGCAAGGGCCACAUACCAGGGAGAUCCGCCUUGUGGACGCGCGUUGCUUCUCAGACCGCGGAGAUUAUCCACAGAUCUGCUUGACCGAGUUUCUUCCAUUGUGCCUUCUCAGUUGGCUAUCAGAUUAUUUAUUCCCUUGAUCACCUUCAUCAAGCCAUGGCUGCUUUCCUUUGUGUAUCCCAUCCGUCUUCCCUAUCCCCCUCCACAUCGCCGGGGUCAGCAUGCCGGAAGAUCUUCAAACUAGCCUCGAGUAUUCCCAUACUUUGAAAUUGGAAUCCAGCCUUGAGAGUGCAGACACCAUCUUUGCUGAAAAGCAAGCUAUCCACGUCGAAGCUCAAGCGAUCUACUCGGCCGACAGCAGUGAUUUCUCUCACAAUGAAGGUGGAAACUUGGUGCAUUGGGACGGGCCCUACGAUCCUCAAAACCCAAUGAACUGGGCGAGUUGGCGGAAAUGGGUUAUUAUAGGACUGAUCUCCGCGAGCAGUUUUAAUGUCUCAAUGGUCUCCACAGUAUUUUCGCCGGGCGUGCCGGACGUCAUGAAAGAGUUUCACGUCACCAGCUCGUCGAUUCAGUCCCUCAUGACCACGAUUUAUGUGAUGGGAGCUGCCAUCGGUCCCAUCAUCCUCACACCGAUUACUGAGAUGACUGGGCGGCUGCCCAUGACGCACACGGCAAAUAUACUGUUCACAGCAGCAGCGGCGGUCUGCGCGGCCAGUGUCAAUAUGCCGAUGCUAAUUGUGUCGCGUAUGAUCAUGGGGGUCGCUAGUUCGGUGCCUGUGACUGUUGGGGGAGGGUUCGUUGCAGAUAUGAUGCCUAUGGAAAAACGCGGAACAGCCAUGACCAUCUGGACAGUGGGGCCACUUAUGGGGAUGGUAACUGGACCGAUCUAUGGAGGAUACAUGGUGCAGAACAUUGGGUGGAGAUGGACAAUCUGGCUAGAGGUCAUUUUGGGUGCGGCGAUUGCCGUCGCCUCAUUGCUCUUGCUCCGUGAGACAUACGCCCCUACCAUCCUACAGCGCAAAGCCAUGAAGCUGCACAAAGAGACCGGCCGUCCCUACCGGACGAAAUACGACACCGAUAAAACUGCUGGCCAGCUUCUCUGGAUUUCCCUGUCGCGACCGAUCAAAUUCCUCGUGCUGUCACCCGUUGUCUUGAUUGUGACGCUGUACAGCUCCGUCACGUAUAGCUACAUGUACAUUCUCUUCACCACAUUCACCGAGGUGUUCGAGAACGUGUACGGCUUUGGCCCCGGCGAGGCGGGACUCGCCUACCUCGGGCUUGGCCUUGGCUUCUGCUUUGGACAGGUGACGGUCGGAUACUACUCCGACCGCUAUCUGAAAAGGCAGGAGAGGAUCCACGGCCAAAUGAAGCCCGAGGAUCGCCUCCCGCCACUCGUGCUGGGAUGCUGUCUGGUCCCGGUCGGCCUGUUUUGGUAUGGCUGGACCGCCGAGUACCGCUUUCACUACAUGAUCCCGAUCGUCGGGACAUUCUUCGUGGGCGCGGGCAUCUACUAUGUUCACCUGGUGACGCAGGUCUACUUGAUUGAUUCAUACACGCUGUACGCCGCCAGCGCGGUGUCGGCCGAGCUCGCGCUGCGGUCGAUCUUCGGGGCGACGAUCCCGCUGGGCGGGGGUCCGUUGUAUGACAAGCUGGGCUUGGGCUGGGGCAAUAGUCUGCUGGCGUUCAUCGCGGUCGCGUUUGCGCCAACCUCGCUAUUCUUGCUGAAGUAUGGGGAGAGAAUCCGGACGAAUCCGAAGUUCCAGCCCCGUAUGACAUAGGCGGGGUUUUCUCUUUUGGGCGGGGGGUUAGGUGUUGCAUAGCGAUUUGAUUGGCGGAUGAGAUUCCAAAUGCAUGUACAUAUACUUUGGU